ACAUAAAUAGCCGCCGCCAGAUCCCUUCAACGUCAUUCGCAGCAGAAACGUCGAGCCGACUAGAGGUCCUGCCGCUUUUUGGGAGUUCACUCAGUCCGCAAGGAUCAGCGUUAUCAGUUUGUUGUUAAGUUUGCUUCCGUUCUACGUUCACCGUUCUACGUUCCACGUUCCACGUUCUCCGUUCUACGUUCUCCGUUCUGUUCUAUUUUAUUUGUUUGCCAAACGCGUUUAAGUUAUCCACUAUCGAUGCCAUGGCCCAAACACAGACACAAAUGCAAACCCACUCGGAAACCGAGACCCUCAAACACCCGCACAGCAUCGGCAUCCAGCUGCAGCACAAGGGCAUGCCCCACGGCCUCGGUUUGCUGACCACAGUGGCCUCCCUGCCACCCAAGUACCGCAGUCGCUAUCUGAACCUGAAAACCAAGUGCGAAAUUCCACUGGAUCUCACCGUGAAACUACCAUCGCCAGUGCCCAGUUGCGAUGUGCCGGUGGCCACCACAUUCACGGAGGUCUAUAGCGAAAAUGUUCUGCCGAUCCAGCUGGAAAAGCCAAGGGAGGUGCAGGUGCUGGAGCAGGAGGAGCAGAAGCCAGUGCCGAAGCCGGAGCCAGAGCAUGAGGGCGUAAAUCCAGUGAAACCGCCAACACCACCGCAAAGUCCAACUAGCAAACGAAAAUUGAGCUGCGACAAUGAUGACGGCUAUCAGCAACCUGCCAAAAUGUCAAAAAUGGAAGCCUCCGCUCCCGAGAUUGAAGCCACGCCGGCGAAACCCAUCCAGGUGACCGAUUCUGCACCAAAAACCAACAAGGCCACCACCUCCUCCGGCAAACCCUCCCGCAGCAAGGCCACACGUAAGCUGAAAUUUGAUGAGGAAACCAGUUCACCGGUUUCCGGGACAAUUAUCCGACCUCUGGAGGACAUCACCGAUGGCACCAUGCAGUACAGCAACGGUGACAUAGAUCCCAAGUACAAUAUUGUCGAGAUCACGGAGGAAACAAAGGCCGAAUUGGCGGCCAUCAAGAAUGUGAUUGGGGACUAUGUUUGCCGAUUGUGCAAGAUUAAGUUCGAUGAUGCCUUCGGGCUGGCCAGGCACAGGUGUGCCUGCAUCGUGCUCCUCGAGUACAGGUGCCCGGAGUGUGGCAAGCAGUUCAAUUGCCCCGCCAACCUGGCCUCCCAUCGUCGCUGGCACAAGCCGAAAAAAGAGCCCGCCACGUCCUCCAAAAAAGAGAAUCGCAACACCAUCAAUCAACAGCACCAGCAGCAGCAACAACCACAGCAGCAGCAGCAGCCUGACAAAAAGGAUGCCGAAGAAGUGUCCUUUGAUUGUCUGGAGUGUGGCAAGAAAUUCAAGAGGGCUGCCUACCUGAGAAAACACCAACUGACUCACCAGAAAAAGGCGAAACUGGGGGAGAAACCAGUCGAACCACCCAUGGCCACCCCCUCGACGACAACCACAAUAACUGGCAGUUUCCACUUCAAUCAGGCAGGAUCUUCAGGAGUCUCCACGUCCUCCGCCAGCAGCUCCCAUUCGGAUGAGGGUGUCUACGUUGUGGGAGCAGCAUCCAGAAGUAAUUACGACUACGAUAAUGAUUACCUCUCGGACUGCAGCACCUCGACCUCAUCCGCCGGCUACGGACGCCUCCAGAUCGUGGAGCACGGUCUCACCGAGGAGGAGAGCAUUGCUGCCGCCGCUCUGACCAAUUUGCGGAAUUGUGCCUCCGUCAUCCAGCACACCACUAUGGCCCACUAAUAUCGAGUGAGAUUUUAUACCAAAAAUAAUAAUAGUUUUUACUUGGAAGUUUACCGUUAAGUUUAGUUUAGUUAGUUUAGUUAAACCAAAAAUCCCAGUUAACUCUUGGGUAUCUGCAGCUAAACCCGACCAAAGAAUUAGUUUUAUUAAAAGGGUAAUUCAGUUAACCCGUUUUUAAUCUUAGUUAGAUGUAAAGUUUAGUUCUUAAACCGAUUCAGUUUCGUUCGCAAGAUGAGUUCAAUUCUAGUCAGACUCUAAUUUGUAAUCCGUACUUCGGCAAUCAUUCCCAGUAGGUACUUUUAAAUCUAGUCAGUGUCUAGUCUAGUCAAAGAAUCUUGGCACUAGUCAGCUUCAGGAAGAUCUCGAAAACACUUCUAGUCAUUAGGAUUAGUUUAGGAACAGUGGGGAGUGCAAAGAACUCUAGUCAAAAAACCAGCAAAUACCAAAGACUCAUAACUAACUCUCAUAACAUCUAUUUGUCAUAACUAUUUCUCAAACUAACACUUUUCAUAAUCUUUUAUCUGAAACUAACACUCCAUCUUUCUAAAGCUAUUUCUUUUUCUCAUCCUUGACUUUCAUAAAUUAUCAUUAUCAUGCCCUGACACUUUCAUAAUUCAUUAUCCCUCCAUGACUCAUUCAAAUACUCAUCUUUCCCGAUCAUCUUUAUUACAACCAUUCCUCAAGCUCAUCUUUCAUCCUCCACACAUAUCACAUUUCCACCCCAAUUUCCUACUAACAUUACCAGUGUAAUUCUAGUCAAAAGUUCUUGCAUUCCUUCUAGUCACUUUAGAUCUAUUUAGGUUCUUACGAAUAUAUAUCUAUUUACGCGUAUAUCAUUCUUCAAUUUCGGAUACAGCUUUAUUUCUAUUUAGGUUGCAUACCGACACCAAAAUUCAGGCGAAUCUGUGCAGUAAUAGUUUUUAAGUUCAAACCAAAAACCAAAAAGCAAAACCAAAUUCCAAAUUCUAAGUUUAUAUUUAAUAAUAGAAGACCAAACCCAGUGUGUUUGUGAACCAAAGUCGAGUGUGAACUCUAGUCAUUUUUAGAAUCUUAAGGCGAGGGAUGAAGUAACUCCCCUCGGAAUUAAUUUCACUUAAAGUUCAGUUUAGUUUAGUUUAGGAUAGAAACGGACAUUGGACCAGCGUCACACUACCAGUCAAAGUAUUUAACAGUACAACCUAGCUAUAGAGGCCCCAGGCAUCAGAACCGGCGGUUGUGUACUUAAAGCAAUAUAUAGUAAGCCGAUAUCACAGCGCUAUCGUUCCUUAGCAUGUGAGUUUGUAUCAUAAACACGAAUAUCUUGGUUGUAACCGCAGAGUACAACGAAAUGGGAAACUUUCGCUCAAUCUAGAAAUUAAUUAAAAUUAAGCUAUAUCAUAUUUAUUUAUACAUAAGACCAUAUCGGUUGAGAUUCGAUUGUGAUACUAACUACUAAGCCUAAAGUUUACAAGGAUCGUUGUGCUCAAGAGUGCAUUAACAAUAAGAAAAGACAGAUUUCUGUACCAAUUAUUUUUAUACGUAAUUUACACUUAAAGAUAAACAUAUUUUUAUACAAAAAAACAAUGAAAAAUUGCAUCUUUUGGAAAGCCCCAUAAAAAUUGUAAAUUAUGAAAACACUUGAAUAAAAACGGAAAACUGAA